AUGCCACCUGUAGGUCCUCGUCAUUUUUCUCAAUCGACUAGUCGAUAUACUAGUGGACGAGAUUAUCGAUCACAUAUUCAUUUUGAUGAUCGAUCAAGACGUGAUAAUCGUUAUGAUAAAAAACGAAAACGACGAAGUAAUUCACGAUCAGAUCAACAACGACGGCGAGAUGAUAGUCGAGGUUCAUAUUCAAAAUCAUCUACAGACAAAAAACGACGAAAAAUCGAAAGUGAUGAAGAAUAUGAUAAUUUAUUAAAAGAAGAAAAUGAUCCAGAAAAAAAAUUUCGUUUAAUUUUAAAAAAACAAAAUGUAAUCAUUAAAAAAACAUUAGCAAAAUCAUUUGAUUUGAGUACAUCUAGUCUAUCGAAGUUAUUAGUUGAUAAAUGUGAUGAAGCAAUCAAAAAUUCAAUUAUAUCUAAAUCUAAAAAACAAUUUGAACGCAAACAACUUGAAGAUUCUGAACCAAUUCAAACAUCACGUGUUGUUACUGAUGAAGUACAUUUAUGUGAUGAAAUAUCUCGUUCAGAUAUUGAUGAAUGUGAUGAAGCACCAAAUAAUGAUUAUAGUCAACAUUUUGUAAAUACUGGUCAAAGACCACAAAAUUAUAUUCGUGAUGCUGGUCUACAAAAUCGUUUUGAAGAAUAUCCAAAAUUACGAGAAUUAAUUCGUCUUAAAGAUGAAUAUAUUGAUAAAACAAAUUGUCCACCAAUGUAUUUACGUUGUGAUUUAUUAGCAAAUAAUUUUACAUUAUCAUCACUUGAAUGUGAAUUUGAUGUUAUACUUAUUGAACCACCAUUAGAAGAAUAUAAAAGAACAAGUGGAAUUCAUUUUGAUCGUUAUGUUACAUGGGAUGAAGUCAUGAAACUUGAUGUCGAAUCAAUAGCUGCACAACGAUCAUUUGUUUUUCUAUGGUGUGGUUCAGCUGAAGGUUUAGAUCAAGGAAGAGCGUGUUUAAAAAAAUGGGGUUUUCGACGAUGUGAAGAUAUUUGUUGGGUAAAAACAAAUCGAACUAAUUCACGAUCAGCUUUAACACUUGAAUCUGGUUCACUUUUUCAACGAACAAAAGAACAUUGUCUAAUGGGUAUUCGUGGUACAGUUCGUCGAUCAGUUGAUUCUGAUUUUAUUCAUGCAAAUGUUGAUAUUGAUUUAAUAAUAACUGAAGAACCAGAAUGGGGUGAUCCAAAUAAACCUAUUGAAUUAUAUCAUAUAAUUGAACAUUUUUGUUUGGGUCGUCGUCGUCUUCAUUUAUUUGCACGUGAAUCAACAAUAAGACGUGGUUGGUUAUCAAUUAGUUCAGAUAUUUGUACAUCAAAAUUUGAUAAACGUAUUUAUAAAUCAUAUUUUGAAACAUCAAUUACACAAUUAGAAAAUUUAACUGAACGUAUUGAACAAUUACGUCCAAAAUCACCACCACCAAAAGGUCUUAAAACAACAACAGGGACAACAGUAACAACAACAUCAAAUUCAAAUCAAAAUGCAACAUCAAAUUCACAAGCUAUUCUAUCAACAGCACCAUCAUCAUCAUCAUCAACAAAAGAAUUAACACCAUCAUCAGUUUUACAAGAAGGUCAACAAGCAAUACGUUCAACAAUAACUAGUAAUCGUCAAUCAUCAUCACGUGCUGUUCGUCCACGGUGGGGCUUAUAUACAGAUGAUCUGACAGAUGAUAUACCAUCAAAUGUUUAUCCACCUAUAAUGCUUUCACCAACACGUCAUGGUUAUCCAACAUCAUAUUCCGAUUUACAUUUAUUAUCAGAAUAUGAUUUUGCUAUAGCAGCAGGAAAUAGUAGUCAAAAUGAUUAUGAUACAUAUUAUGGACAUACAAAUGUUGAACAAAAAGAUGAUAGAACUAAUUUUCGUAAUUAA